GUGCUGAGGAUCCCGGGGGCCGAGCAGCCGUGAUGACCCCCGAGAAGGUGCUGAGGGAGGGCGUGCUGGAGAAGCGGAGCGGGGGGCUGCUGCAGCUCUGGAAGAAGAAGCGGUGCCUGCUGACGGAGAAGGGGCUGCAGCUCUUCGAGCCCAAGGGCUCGCGGCGCAAGGAGCUGAGCUUCGCCCGCAUGAAGGCCGUGGAGUGCGUGGAGUGGAAGGAGCGGCACAUUUACUUCACGGUGGUGAUGGACGACAGCCUCGAGAUCGACUUCCGCUGCGCCCAGGAGGACCCGGGCUGGAACGCCGAGAUCACCAUGGGGCUCGUGCGCUUCAAGAACCAGCAGGCGAUGCAGGAGUGGUGCAGCUGGAUGCAGCCCCGGUGGGACAGCCCAGGGAAUCGCAGCUUCCCAGGAGUCGGAUGCAGAUGGCCCUCGGCUCGGCAGGUGCUGGGGAGAACGGGAUCCCUGCGGGCAAGUGAGGUCACCACUGUGCAGCCCGGGGACGAGGACAGUGGCCCCGGGGAGGCCGGUGCUGGCGCUGGCUCCCCCCUUGCCGGGGCAGGACAGAGGCACCGCAAGAGCUGGGCUGGCACAACCACCUCCCCUUGGCACAGCAGGGCAGAGGACACAGGCAGGGCCACCACCUGGCACUUCAGACAAGGCAGGAGGUGACAUCCCUGCCUGGGGCCCCACCACCAUUCAUUCAGCUGACAUGUGCAGGACCUUGGCGCACUGGUGGGGACCCCAGGCCUCUCCUGCAGGACAGGGGAUGGAUGAGGCUGUGCCUGGAGGAUCCGUGCCACAGGGAGCUCUGCCUGUGUGACAGUGACACUGGGACAGAUGGAUGUGGAUGGGUCCCAAUUUUAAAAAGAGGCUGGAAAGCUGCUGCUGCAGCAGGGCACUGAAAUGAUGGUGUGGUGACACAGCCAUGCUGCUGGACAUUGUCUCACCCUGGGAUGUCCUUGGGCUAUUGGGAAAUGCUGGGGACCCCAGUACCUGUACCAAAAGUGUUCCUUAACAGGACUUUCAGCUUCUUACCCUGGUGUUGCUUUGAUUUGUGGGACCCCACAGGGCACGGGAGAGCACAAAUCCUGCAGAGAGCUUUGCCAGUCAUGACCCCUAAACCAGCAUCUCCCAGUUGGGCUCCAAAGCCCCCCAGUAGCACCCCGAGGCUCCCUGAUCACCAGUCCCGCUGCACCCGUGUCCCCAGGGAUUCCCACGGUGGUUUGUGUGCCGGUGAUGCGGGAGCAGCGCUCUGGCUCUGCAGCAGGGAGGGAUGGCCCUGCCCCGACAGGCAGCGCAGACAGCAGUGCCUGGAGCCAGCAGCGCGCUCCGCAAGCCGGAGCCUGAGCCCAGCCCGGGGCCGGAGGCGCUGCGGAUCCUGCCGGAGAUUUCCAUCCGCAUGGGAACCACGGAGUGCGGUGUCCUUAUUGCCCGGGCCAGGCAGCCUGCACCCCAGUCUGCACGCCAGCCUGUACCCCUGCACCCCAGCCUGUACCCCAGUCUGCACGCCAGCCUGU